AUGCUUAAAGACCAGCUUCCUCGCAUAUCACUUGCUGCUCUUGCGUUUCCCCAAAUAUCUUGGUCCAUCCCACUGGCUAGCGGUGCUUGCGAUUGCUGGCAAAAUAAAGAAGAUGGCUUGUUAUUCACCAGCCACACGGUAAUAGACUUCCGGUCCCUGGCCGACUACGUUGACUCGGUGCCAGACGUCAUCGACGACCACGAUGCCAACGCCAACGCGCAAGCCACUAGCGCAUACUUCGGUACGUCGGCUUGGAGCGAUUUCUUCAACUUACAAACUUGGGGCACAGACGAUACUCCGGUCAAGAUGAUCAACUCCCGGAAUAACGCCUAUAUACAGCAAGACACGGAAGAUAGUACGUACUUGACCCUGCGAACGCAUCGCAGCAGCGAGUUUCAGUCUGCCGCAGAGGCCGAGUCAAUUGUAGAUGAUUUCACCACCGUGUCAAUGCGGAUGCGGGCCCGAGUCCACGGCGACUCGGGUGCUUGUGCUGGGUUCUUCACCUACAAGGCCGACGAGGAUUCUGGCGUCCAGCACGAGUCGGACAUUGAGUUUCUCACUGUUGACUCCGCCACAACUAUGCACUAUACCACGCAUCCCGAGGAGGAGAACAACAACAACGAUGGCGAGUUCUCUGUGGCAGCUACUCUGUCGAAUGCGUGGACGGACUGGCAGGAGCACCGGCUGGAUUGGACGCAGUCCGCAACGACCUUUUACGUCAACGGAGAACAGAACGGUCAGCUCGAGCACGAAGUCGCUCAAGUGCCGAGUUACCUGAUCUUCAAUAUGUGGUCGUGGGGCAAUAAUGAAUGGGAGCAGGAAAUGGACGUUGGCGGAACUGCUUACCUAGAUGUGCAGUACAUCGAAAUCGCAUAUAAUACGUCGGGGGGAAGCAGCACUUCAUGUAGUAACAUAUGUUUUUUAGGAUAG